UUAAGUCCUCGGUCUCCCUCUUGUUGUUGUGAUCUCUCUCUCCAGCUGUGUGUUCUCCCAGUUAGUUUGGUUUGGAGUUCCUCACAGUUUAGAUUUUGUAUGUUGUAACUUAGCAAUAUUUUUGUAAUUUAGUUUCGCUGUUUGGUUCCUCAGUCUUGCCCGAUUCACACAUAUGGCAGAAACAGGAAAUGUGUUUGCAAAGCUGUUGCUAUCUGCACGAAUUCUACUUAGUAUAAUACAAAAAGGGACGUCACAGAGAAACCAGGGUUUAUUGUGCUUUUGUUCUCUUUGCUGUUUUUCUUGUGUCCUUUUUGGAUUUUCGAUAGCCUGCUGCACACAGCCAUGUCAUUUGUCUAUGUCUUUGAAGAUGAUUUCUUUUGGAACAAUUAUUCCUAUGAUUACAACGAAUCCAGUGAAUCAAUCUCUCCAGAUCCAGAUACCUUAAAAUGUGAAUAUGAACCUUUGGAACCUACAGCAGUUGUGAUCCUGUGCGUGAUCUUCACAGUCAUCUCUGCAUUGGCCAUAUUCGGAAACCUGCUGGUAGGAUGGGUGAUCAGAACCAGCCAAGAAAUUUUGGCUCCAUCAGAUGUGUACCUGUUCCACCUGACCAUAGCAGAUGGGCUGCUAGCUUUAACGCUUCAGUUCUGUGUUGCAGCACUAACUCGAGGAUGGCUCUUAGGAGACUUCCUUUGCCAACUCCUCCACAUCGUCAUGGAUGCGAACUUCUACACCAGCAUCAUCUUCCUCACCUGCAUUAGCAUCGAUCAUUACCUUGUGAUUGUGCACACCAGGGAGACACUCAAGAGUCACCAAAGGAUGUGCAGCAGGAUCCUCUGCACAGUGGUGUGGGUUCUCGGCUGUGUCCUUGCUCUGCCUACUCUUUUCAUUCGCUUUGACAUCGGCAUCUCUACCGCAUGGAGGCUCGCGAUUCAGGGGUUCAUUCGUGUUUUUGGCUUUUUGGUCCCUGCGAUUGUCAUGAUCUCCUGCUACAGCAUCACUGUUUCACGGCUGCUGCUCACUCACGGUUUCCAGAAGCACCGAGCCAUGCGGGUGAUCAUAACCAUCGUGGUUGCGUUUCUUCUCCUCUGGACACCAUACCAGAUAACCAUGGUGAUAGACAUACUGCUGAGGGCUGAUUUGGUACAGCAUGACUGUGAUACGAGGAGGUCGUUAAACACAGCCUUGGUUGCAACCCACUGCCUGGCUCUGCUGCACAGCUGCAUCAACCCUUUCCUCUAUGUCGCUGCAGAAGAAAAACUCAGGAAGAAGAUGAAGCUGCUUUUUUAGGGAAAAGACAGACGGGAAAGUAUGUGACGCUCAAAAUUCAGGAGGUCAACAUGUCAGUAGAUUGAUCUGAAGGUCAUAGUGAUAAUAAUGCUAUUUAAACUUACUGCCAUUGUUUGUACUGAUAACAAAUAGCAAAUAUUGGGAAUGAUUAUAUAAAGUCUAAAUAUUUCACACUUGACCUCUGACCUCACUUUUACAUUUCACAUCAGUCUUUCUUUCAAGUUGACCCCAAAAUCUGUUAUUUUUACCACACUUUAAAUUUUAAAGUAUGUGUAAAAAGAAGAAAGACAACAAAAUGGACAGACACAAAAUACAACGCUAUCCCCUUAAAAGCAAAUGUUGCCCAGGGAGUGAGCUGCCUUGGCUUAAGUUUGGGCUCCCUGAGUGCUUCUUGCUUAUUACUGUCAUCAUCACUAGUUGUAGUUGUACAAACUAUCCAGCAGAUGGCAAUGAAGACCAAGAAGUUGUAUAGACAAAUAUGUGACAUUAAAAAAAUUGAGAAAAAACAAGAUUUAAGUGUUUAUCAUGCAGAAUUUUCAGAAACAAAUAAGUCAUUCGCACACUCACACGCAGUCAACUGCUUAAACUUUGUUACUAGCCAUUGGCUAUGUUGAACCUGACAGAGUCCCAAAUGAUCAUUGUUUGAACUUAAAGACUUGACACAUGACUUAAAUGUGUUUUCAGGCAGAGGAUGAACAGAGGUACUGCAUAAAGGGUCACUGUAUGAUAAAUCAUCACACCAAGUCAAUUUACUUAAAAUGCAGAGCUGAUAAUGAGCACAGCAAAGUGUACUUAAAUAAUUAAAUAAUUUUGAAUUUGUGAGUUUAAUUCUUCAUUUACAUCAGUUUUGUUUGUUUUUCCGAUUCAAUGCACACUGUUAGAAAAUACUUGUAACAGGCUCUGCAGGCAUCUGUUGUCAAUUUUAAAGCGACCUUGAUAAAAUGUUGUAUUAAUAAUUUUGAUGUGUGGUUUUUUUGUUUUGUUUUUGGUAUAUUAAUUAAAGGUUCAUUCCUUAAAAUGUUAUAGAGCAAGUUAUUACAUAUUAAAUCUAAAACCGUACCCAGACAUAGAAAAUGGUGUCAGUAGAGAAAGUAGUUCUAGGAAGUAAGUGCAUCGCUUUUGUUUAUAUGCCAUGUGUGGGCUUAGAGUAGAGAAGUGAAGCGGACAUGAAAUGUGGGUGUCAAAUCAUCGUUGUGUCUUUGAUUUUCUUUGUUCUUUUCUUUUUGAGUAAUCCACAUCAGUCUUUAGAUCUGUUAUAUUUUGCCAUUUUGAUUUUGCAACUGUUUAUUUGUGUAUAACCUCUGUCUUUGU